CCUUUGGGGACUCACGAACUUCGACCUCGAUCUCCUAGCUAGUAUCUGCUGACGAAAUCUCCAGUUUUGAUUCAGUAAACCCCCCGUGUUGCCCCGUUCGUUAUCGUUUAACCCUGCUCGAUCUCCAUCGGUUAUAAAUUCUCCUGCAUCGACCCAGCUACUGCUACAUAGCACGAAUACACUCGCUCAAUAGCCAACAGCACAAACGAGCAUCUCCUUUCUCCGAGCUAGUGAGGUGACUGAGGUCUGGUCUGUCUGAUUGUUGAUUACUCGGUGAUCGAGUGAACGAAGUACGUAGGUCGUAGAUCGUACGUGUCUUCCAUGGCGCCGGUGUAUGCUGGGGAGCUCGCCGGCACCAGCGGCUCCGGCUCCGGCCUGACGCUGAACCCGGUGGCGCGGCGGGCGCUCAGCCGCGGCGCGUCGACGUCGACGCUGGGCACGCCCAAGUCGCCUCCGCCGGCCUACGGGAGCAUCGUCACCGUGCUGAGCAUCGACGGCGGUGGCGUGCGCGGGAUCAUCCCGGGCACCAUCCUCGGCUUCCUCGAGGAAAAGCUGCAGGAGCUCGACGGGCCGGACGCGAGGCUGGCGGACUACUUCGACGUGAUCGCCGGGACCAGCACCGGCGGGCUGGUGACGGCCAUGCUCACGGCGCCGAACAAGGACGGCCGUCCGCUCUUUGCUGCCAAGGACAUCAACGACUUCUACCUCGAGCACUGCCCCAAGAUCUUCCCAUCCGGCAGCGGCGGUCCUCUGGGGUUGUUCAAGAGCAUGGCAGGGCCCAAGUACGACGGCAAGUACCUCCACUCCAUCGUCCGGGAGCUCCUCGGCGAGACGAGGGUCAGCCAGGCGCUCCAGAACAUCGUCAUCCCCACCUUCGACAUCAAACUCCUCCAGCCCACUGUCUUCUCCAGAUACGAUGCCAUGAGCGAUGUCUCCAAGGACGCUCUGCUCUCCGACGUCUGCAUCAGCACGUCCGCCGCGCCGACCUACCUUCCAGGCCACCAGUUCCAGACGACAGACAAGGACGGCAAGCCCCGGGCCUUCAACCUCAUCGACGGUGGCGUCGCCGCAAACAAUCCGACGCUGCUGGCGAUGACGCACGUGAGCAAGCAGAUCCUGCUGGGAAACCAGGACUUCUUCCCGAUCAAGCCAGCGGACUACGGCAAGUUCUUGGUGCUGUCGCUGGGCACGGGCUCCGCCAAGGUGGAGGAGAAGUUCGACGCCGUGGAGAGCAGCAGGUGGGGAAUCCUGGGGUGGCUCUACAACAAGGGAGCCACGCCGAUCAUCGACAGCUUCAGCCAGGCCAGCUCCGACCUCGUCGACAUCCACGCCUCCGUGCUCUUCCAGGCGCUGCACUGCAGCAGCAAGAGCUACCUCCGGAUCCAGGACGACGAGCUCAAGGGCGAGACGGCGUCCGUCGACGUGUCCACCAGGGAGAACCUGAACCGCCUCGUCGGCGUCGGCAAGGCGCUGCUGAAGAAGCCGGCGUGCAAGGUGAACAUUGAGACUGGCAGGAACGAGCCGGAUGGACAUAGGGGCACCAAUGAGGAGGAGCUCGUCCAUUUCGCUCAGAUGCUGGUAGAUGAGCGACGUGCGAGGCUUCAGAAGAAGGGCAACAGCACAGUACUGGUGUAAAAUGGAUGGGCUAGGAUACUCUUUUUGUGUCAAAUAUUUGUGUAGGAUAUAGAUUAUUACAUGAUAGCAUGCAUAUUGCAUAUGUGAGCAUGCAUGGUCCCUAUAUAUAUAAUUCAUUCCUUAUUCA